GAGGUACGGGAAGCUGGGGGCGGCCGCAGUCCCAGCCCCGUGAGGAGGCGUCAAGCACAGGAGCUCCGCUCGCUCCCGGUCCCGGGUCCGUAUAAAUGGGGGGAGGCGGCAGCGCUUCGCCCAGACGGAGCCAGAGCCGGCAGCAGCCUGCGGCGGAGGGCCGGCAGCACCGGCGGCCCGAUGGGUGGCGGCCCGCGGCGGGCCGGGGCGCUGCUGCUGCUGGCGCUGCUGGCGGCGCAGGGCGGCGCGGCUCCCCUGCAGCCCGGCGGCUCCCCCGCGCUCCCCAAGAUCUACCCCCGCGGCAGCCACUGGGCUGUGGGACAUUUAAUGGGGAAAAAGAGUGCUGGAGAUUUUCCUUAUGUUUAUGAAGAAGAAAGCAAGACACCGUUUUCGGCAUUACCUGAAAAUAUCAAGCAGCUGGAAGACUAUCUGCAGUGGGAAGAAAUCUCAAAAUACUUGCUGCGGCUGCUGGAAGGGAAUGAAAAUAGAAGUGCUCACUUUUUGAAAGGAGGACUUCCCUGGUAUGCCAGGAACACCUGGGAGACAGAUGACAAUAGCAGUUGGAAAGAUAUGAUGGACCAUCUGCUUCAAGUUGGGAAUAUGAAAGAGAGCACUCCAAGCUGAAAGGUGGUCUCUAAAUCAUGAAGAAACGAAUACUUUCCCUAAGAGACUGCAUUUCACAAGCACUUGAUUGUAUCAGAUAAUCAACAAGGUCUCUUUUCUGUAGACAAGAUUUCCUUUGUGUAAAAUACCUAAAUACAUGUAUUCUUGUAUGUUUCAGCAGUGACUAAACUCUACUUCAUUUUCAAGGUUGCAUUUUCUCACUUGAAUGGCUUUAAUAUAUAUAUAUAUAUAAAAAUUGUCAUGGAAGGGUCUUCCAAUCAAUUACACGACUUGCAUACCUAAUCAGUUCAUCUCUUAGUUCAAAACUACAUGACGUUUCAACAAUCGCAAUAAAUAGUACUAAUAAAAAGA